AUGGAUGGGAGUAGCUUCUCGUACAACUCUACCGGUAUCGUAGGAAGUGGGUUUAACGGGGACUCGUCGUUUGAACGGUUUGGCUCCUUUGACAGCCCCAACAGCGGCGGCCAUGGACGUGAUGCCUAUGAGUUUGUGGCCUUUCUGCUAUGGUACCUAUUCUUGGUUCUGUGCUGUGUGAUACCGACCUGCUGCGCCUACCGAAGGCGGAGACUGGUAGAGGCGAGGAUUGCUCAGCAACAGGCUUCGGUGAGUCGAAUUGAACGACAGAAUCUAUUCAUAUUGAGCAGUCUGCGACAAUCGCAAGUCAACAAUGAGAGAAUAAACGAACAGCGGAGGGCCAAAAUCGCAGAAAAACUGCAAGAGACAACCAUGACUGUGGCAGAGGAACACAUUCUAGACAUUUCAGGAGAAGAUGGUGAAACCAAGUUGCAAUCCACUGUUAUUGUUACCGAGGAACCACAGCCACAGCCAACCACCAUCGAGACCAAUGGCACUUCCAAUACGCCUCCUCCUGAUGCUGAUACGGGCUCCAAUGGAAACAAUAUCACUCCUCCUCUUACAGCCACCAUUUGCAGUGGUUUGGCAGUUGAAUACGACAUUGAAACGGGCGAUCCGGACAAUCCACAUGCCUUGCAGAUUCCAAUCACAGCCAGCAAUACGACCACUAAUGCGCAACAAGAGGGAGGAGAAGACCCUACGACAACCCAUCGAACUGUACCAGGCGCCUGCGCCAUUUGCUUGUGUCCCUACGAACCAGGAGAACAAGUAACAUGGUCUCCACGGGAAGCCUGCCAACACGUCUUUCACUCCGGAUGCAUCAUUCCAUGGCUCGGAAAGUCGGACGAACCCAAAUGUCCCUGUUGUAGACGAGACUUUUGUGAUCCAGUGCCCAUUUCACAGCUCGAAAUUGAACCCAUGAGCUUGUUUGCCCCCGUUUCAUUUGCCACCAACCGAAUUGAUGGCGGCGAGGAAGAUGAUAUUGUCGUACCACACUUUAUGAGAGCACUCGAGGCGUCACGGCUCGAAUUCAUGGCCAGUCUCGAACUGGCUGCCGUGGAAGCGGCCGGACGAAGAGAUACCAUGUUGUUGCAACAGCAACAGAGUGAACGGGAAGGGGGUUUAUCGCUAUUUGAUGCAUCACCAUUUGAACCUGCGCCCAGCAACAACACGAAUUCUGCAAACAUGCAACAACAAUCCCCCCAAGGUGGAUCGCCUUUUGAAAUUCAUGGUUCGCAAGGGAUUGCAGUCAACACUAUUGUUAAUACUGAAGGUGGCAAUGUGCAGCAAGGGAACACAUCACAAACCUCUUCUACACCAUAG